CAUGCAGUGCGAUGUCAGUAGUGGAUGUGUAGACUACACGGAGGAGGAGGGGGGCGACUUUCAGAUGACAUUGACGCUAUGUAGAUGGGAGUUGAGAAUUGCGCUCCCCUGAACGUUUCUGGUUGUUGAUGUUAGACAGUUGCACAAGGCGAAGCGGCUGCUUCUCGUGUUGAUUCAGCCACCUCGUCAGCACCUAGCCGCUGGACAGCUCCCUGCAGCGGGGUACGUGCGCGCUCUCCUCUAAGACACUUUUGGCGCUUGUUCCAAGUCUUUUAAUGGAAAGACAAUAUCUUUAUGUUCCAAGUAAAACUGGAAGUUUACAACUUCAGGGGGAAUCUACGGAUACCUCGUUUCGAGAUUUGUGGCAGGCAGCACAUCGUCGGUGGCAGAGAGCACAGCUUUAUUGUUAACGGCAACUGACGAGCCGUGUCCCCAUAGCGGUCACCUGCUUCCAGACAUUUGGUUCAAAGGUUUUGGUCAAAAACCGCGAAACUGCUGUCUGUGUGGACUGGUGCUGAAGCUUCGCGUCCCAAGGCCAGGACCACUACAAAUCGAGAGACAUGGCGACGAACGGCACCAAAACGGAUGGACAAGUAACAGAACUUAACGAAGUGGCAACUAAUGACAAACCCAAGUCACUGGACGUGAAAAGCGACAAGACGAAAAAGGAUCUUCCCGAAAGAGAAACCUGGGGAGGGAGAUUCGAUUUCCUGCUGUCGUGUGUAGGUUAUGCAAUUGGACUCGGAAACGUAUGGAGAUUUCCAUACCUCUGUGGAAAAAACGGUGGAGGAGCCUUCUUGAUCCCCUAUUUCUUGACACUCAUAUUCGCUGGGAUGCCGCUGUUCCUGCUGGAGACGGCUCUUGGUCAAUACACCUCAAUUGGUGGGCUUGGAGUCUGGAAACUGGCUCCCGUGUUCAAAGGUGUUGGCCUUGCAGCAGCUGUCCUGUCCUUCUGGCUUAACAUUUACUACAUUGUCAUCAUUGCCUGGGCCAUAUACUAUCUCUACAACUCAUUUACCUCUGAACUUCCAUGGAGCUCAUGUGGCAACUCAUGGAACACAGACAAAUGUUACUCAAACUACAGUAUUGUUGAUAACACCAAUCUUACCAGCGCGGUGAUGGAGUUUUGGGAGCGCAACAUGCAUCAAAUGACCGAUGGCUUGGAAAAACCAGGGCAGAUCCGAGCGCCACUGGCAAUAACACUGGCCAUCGCUUGGGUCCUGGUUUACUUCUGUAUCUGGAAAGGGGUGAGCUGGACUGGCAAGGUUGUGUACUUCUCGGCCACGUAUCCCUAUUUCAUGCUAUUCAUUCUGUUCUGCCGUGGAGUGACUCUACCUGGAGCUAUGGAUGGCAUUCUCUUCUAUAUCACCCCUAACUUUGAAAAACUAAAAGAAUCUGAGGUAUGGCUGGAUGCUGCCACUCAGAUAUUUUUCUCCUACGGUUUGGGACUGGGCUCACUGAUAGCUCUUGGGAGCUAUAACCCUUUUAAUAAUAAUGUUUACAGAGACUCUAUCAUAGUUUGCUGCAUCAACUCCUUCACCAGCAUGUUUGCUGGCUUUGUCAUCUUCUCUAUUGUGGGCUUCAUGGCGAACGUGACUAAGAGGCCCAUAGAAGAAGUUGCAGCUUCAGGUCCAGGCCUGGCUUUCCUGGCCUACCCUGAGGCUGUGACCCAGCUGCCUGUCUCCCCUCUCUGGGCUAUCUUGUUCUUCUCCAUGCUGCUGAUGCUGGGGAUUGACAGUCAGUUCUGCACGGUAGAAGGCUUUAUCACAGCUCUGGUGGAUGAGUUUCCCAGGGCACUGAGGGGCAGGAGAGAGCUCUUCAUCGCUGCUGUCUGCCUGGUAUCGUACCUGAUUGGCCUAUCCAACAUCACACAGGGAGGCCUGUACGUGUUCAAGCUCUUCGACUACUACUCUGCCAGUGGGAUGUGUCUCCUCUUCCUGGUCUUCUUUGAGUGCAUCUCCAUAUCCUGGUUCUAUGGUGUGAACAAAUUCUAUGACAACAUCCAGGAGAUGAUUGGCUACAAGCCCUGUAUCUGGUGGAAGCUGUGCUGGGUUUGUUUCACCCCUCUCAUCGUGGCCGGGGUGUUCUUGUUCAGUGCAGUCCAAAUGGUUCCUCUCACCUUGAACAACUACGUGUUCCCUGCCUGGGGCCAGGGAGUGGGCUGGCUCAUGGCUCUGUCCUCCAUGGUCCUCAUCCCUGGAUACAUGGUCUACAUGUACCUCGGACUCAAGGGCACCUGGAAAGAGCGCCUACGGAUAAUGUUCCAGCCUCCUGCAGUGGUCCGACGGCCACAGGAAAAUGGACCCGAGACAGUGGUUGCCGAGACCAACAUUGCUAGUCCCUCUAACGCGGCCAACCCAACUAGUCCAUCCAACCCGGUUAGUCCUGCCAAUCCAACUGCUACAAGCCCGGUUGCUGCAGCCCCGGCCAACCCAGCACCUUCAGCCAUUCCAGCUAUGGCUAGCCCUGUGAACCCAACUAGUCCGACCGUUCCAGCUGUCCCUACCGUCCCUGCCACUCCAGCCAACCCGACCAGCCCUACCAGCCCAACACCCAAUCCGGUUAGCCCAACGGCAAAAGAGACGACCAUCCCGCCACCCAACAUAGUGAGCUCAACAAACCUGACCAACGCUGAGGGCAAUGUCUAGACAGGGCAAAACCCUCAUGGAGAUUGUGUAGUCAACGGCGAACAUUACAAAGGACUUCCAAGAUUUUAAUUGAUUCACCUACCUCCAGGGGCAAUAUCUGAUCAAACCGGAUUUUAAAAUCAUGUUUAAUUUUUCUGCAUUUGUAAAACCAACCCGUUAAUGUCUUUUUAUUGGUAUGCAUUAAAAAUUCUAAAAUCAAAGACUGUUAGUGUUCACAAAAACUACCGUAAUCUGAGUAAAAAUAUGUAAACAAACUGUGUAAUACUGUGAGAAAAGAAAACAACUAUUGAAAAUAGAAUAGCAAUUUGUUCAAUAUCUUCAUGAACCAAGUAAAUACAGUGUGACUAUAGUAGAGAUGAAGUACAAGUGAACAAAAUUGUCAACAUGGGAGAGUGCAAGGGACGGAGUCAAAUUAUUGUGGUUGUUUACUAAGCCUCACACAGUCAUCUCUUUACAAAACUUUGUACUCUGUGAGGCUGAUUACAGGCCACAUGGCAAUGAGGGAACUCUGAUGAAGAAGCACAAUGCCAAUAAGAAGUUUAAAGUCUAUGAACCCUGGAAUUAUCCAGUAUAUCUGUUGCAAAAGAUUUUGUGUGUGAGAGAGACUGUGAUUUUAUCUUCCUUUUUUUAGUAAAAAAAUGAACUUUUAUGUGACAAACAUUUUUAGAAUUAUUUUUAAUAUGUUUUCUACUAUAAAUAUUGUGACCGAGGACCAAAAUUGUAGGCAGACGAAAGCAAAAACGAUCUAUGCCAUGUAGUGUUUGGUUUGAAAAACACAGGGUAUCAAAAACAUACAAAAAAAUACAUGCAAACGCACAGGGUAUAGAAAAGUGAUUUACAAACAUUGACUAUCCCAUCGAUGCUGACAGUCAAGCCUGUUUACCUUUUUUUGCAUGCUUUCCUCAGGAACAUCGAAGAAAAAUUCCAAAAUGUCUCCUGACAGAUCUAAGACGAGAACAGAGAAGGCCUUAAGCCAGUUAUCAACCGAUUUAUACCAAGCCAUAGUCUGUUUGCAUGACUGGGCAGAUCUCCAGAAUAUCACUUUGUACACUAGCAAACAAUAUUGGACCAACUCUAUGUUUAAAAAUAUUCCUUUUUAUUUCACUUUAUGUGUAAUGAUCAAUUAUACUUUGAUCAAUUUGUAUUCAGCAAUACAAAUGUAGAUGUAUAGUUGCAGGCCAGUAGAAGAGUGGUCUGUUUCUCUUUUUCUUUUCGUUGUCUUUGCUUUACUAGUAAAAAGCUCAAAGCUUUAAUUUCCAUAGACAUUUGACAUGGCGUGUUAAGACCAUGCUAGUUGGCUUAUAUGGCUUAUAUACAGCAGUGAAAAGCAUCUGGUCGAACAAAACGUGUUUACUUUGAAAAGCAAAACAACCAAGUGAAAAUGUGAAAUGGCUACAGUUCCUGUCCUGUGAAUUUUGUAUAAAGUUACUCGACCACAGUUUUCUCUGGAACUUUGUUGUAAAACUGUACUGUGUAAAACAUGUAACUGUGAAUGUCUGUAAUACAUUGGAAGUUAUUGUCUAAAUGUUGAAAAAAAAUUCUAAAGAGUUGCUGUUUUCUGCAAUAAUAGUUUGAUCACAGAAACUAAAGCACAUAUCUUACAGAAAUAUACGAAAUGAGGAUGACAAUGAAGAUAUUGACGAUUAUAUUCAAAAUAGAAACUAUGUCUAGUAAAAAAAAUCACAUUGUUUUGUUUAUUUUUAACUGUCUCACUGCCUAAUGCACAACAUAAUAUAAACAUGAUAUGUGUUUAAAUGGUGUCAUAUGAUAAAGCACGAUUGUCAUGUUAUACAAAAAGAAAAAAGCUGAAAAAAUAAAUAAUUAUAGAAAAUA